GAGCUUGUUCAAGAAACAAUUUCUUUUAAUAGUUUAUACUGUUUUGAUUAGACUCGUUUUUCGUUUAGACGAUCUCAAUGAAAUAGGAAAAUAAACAUUUUAUCCAGAGUUUAGUUUCUCCCUCUCCCUCCUAGGCCCUAAUUAUAGGAGGUGGUAAACCUUGAUCUCAUUUAAUCUUAAUUCAUACAUAAAUUACCUUCUUUCUUUCCCUCUACUACCCAAAUAACGAUCCAGGGAAUUCAGCAAUCUUGAUUCCCGCUAUAACAUCAAGCUUAAACCUCAAAAUUUUUCAUAACUUUCAAUCAAAUAUUAAAAUCUUGAACAAGGGUUAUCAAAAGUUGAGAUUUUAAGGGCGAAUUUGAAGUGGAUUUUUCCGUUAUAACUAUAUUACUAAUCGAAAUUACUCCUACUAAAAACCCAGAAUUUGUUCUUCCAGAAAAGAUGAGUAUAGUGCAAAAAGAGACAAUUGAGGUGAUUGCUCAAAGUAUUGGAAUCACUAAUUUAUCCCCAGAUGUUGCUUCUACUCUUGCUCCAGAUGUUGAGUAUCGUGUCCGGGAAAUUAUGCAGGAGGCCAUCAAAUGCAUGCGGCAUUCCAAGCGUACGAUUCUGACAGCAGAUGAUGUUGAUGCUGCUCUCAGGUUUAGAAAUGUUGAGCCCAUCUAUGGUUUUGCAUCCAAUGAUCCUUUGCGUUUUAAGAGAGCGGCUGGACAUAAGGAUUUGUUCUAUGUUAAUGAUGUUGAUCUAGAUUUAAAAGAUGUUACUGAAGCACCUUUGCCCAGAGCUCCCCUGGAUACCUCUAUUUCUGUGCAUUGGCUGGCUAUUGAAGGUGUACAGCCUGCCAUUCCUGAGAAUCCUCCACCUUCAAUGGAAGCUCUUGCACCAUUGUCCGACGGCAAGAAAUUAGAGUACAAAGAAGAAGCAAUUCCUAUUGACAUUAAGUUUCCUGUCAAACAUGUCUUGUCUAAAGAGCUUCAGCUUUAUUUUGACAAAGUUCUUGAGCUUACUACACGGAAUUCUGACACCCUCCUCUUCAAAAAAGCUUUGCGAAGCUUAGCUACCGAUCCAGGACUUCAUCCUCUUGUACCUUAUUUCGCUUGCUUCAUUGCUGAUGAGGUUUCUCGGAAUUUGCGUAAACUAAGUCUUCUCUUUGGGCUAAUGCAUCUUGUUUGCAGCCUUUUACAAAAUCCACACAUACAUAUAGAACCUUAUGUACAUCAGCUUAUGCCAUCUGUCAUUACCUGUAUGGUAACGAAGAGGCUAGGGAACAGAUAUUCUGAUAAUCAUUGGGAGCUGAGAAACUUUGCUGCAAACCUAGUUGCCAGAAUAUGCCAAAGAUUUGGGCAUGUUUAUCAUAACCUCCAGCCUCGAAUCACCAGGACACUGCUCCAUGUUUUUUUGGACCCAAAGAAGACAUGGCCCCAACAUUAUGGUGCUAUUCAAGGGCUUGCUGCUCUUGGACCUAGUGUGGUUCGUAUGCUCAUCCUACCAAACCUAGAGCCAUAUAUGCAGCUCUUGGUACCAGAAAUGCAACUAGAAGGUCAGAAGAAUGAGAUCAAAAGGCAAGAAGCUUGGCAGGUUUACGGUGCUUUGUUGUUUGCUUCUGGCAAAUGCAUGCAUGAUCUGUUAAAGAAAUUUCCUAGCUUACCGCUUCCUUUAGCGAAACCCUUCUUGAAGUCUAAUAUGAAGAUUGCUGCAAUGCGACCAAACAAACGAAAAGCUAGCAUGGACAACCUUCUACAACAGCCACCAUUUAAGAAGUUAUCUAGUGAUGGUUCGAUGGGUGUAAUGCCGACAAACUCCAUGCAAGGGGUUGGCGGAGGAUUUACGAGUGGUGCUGUUACUGGAUCUGAUGCUGGUUUUUCAAAUAUUAACCAACAAUUGCAAAAUGAAAACGUCUCUGGAAGUAAUGUAAAAAGGGAGAAAAUAGACGUUCAAGCUCAAAAGGCUUCGGCUCUUGCUCUGGCUUGGAAGGAAGAGACGGAUGGUGGCCGUUUAUCGUCCUCGCUCUUUGAACAUUUUGGUCUUAGCAUGUUUUCCUUCAUUCCAUCUCCUGAACUGUCCUCUUUUUUGUAGUUGUAGCUUGUAUGCAAACAUUUGAAAUUUACUCUUGGAAGUGUAGAAUUCUAAACAGACAUUAUGGUCAUGUAAAAAUCUACUGAUAUGGCAUUUCAUUAAAUGUAA